AUGUCAUCGUCUGUAGCUGUAGUGCGUGUGCGGAGGCGUCCAGCGCCUCUGGUCCCAGCCGUUCGCUGGUCGACAGCUUGCCUACCACAACAGCCCGCACAUCACAUAAAGUUCCACGGCUUUAUAGAAACACCGAAACACUAUUUCAAUUUACGUCUCCGAAAAUUUUUCGUAACACAGACUCUCAGCAUAGUUUUGGGUACAUCCAGUCGGGUUCAGCAUGCAGAGUACAGCGCACUCCCUGCGGAUAAGACGAAACGUACACAUAAGGAUCGCGCGGCCGGAGCUCGCUCGGUUCGAGGACACGCGUGUGAGUGUGCGGAUUUCGAUAGCGGGGUCGAUGAACCGCCGAAAGGGAUUUUGUUAAAAGCAGCGAAGUCAGUGUUAGGAUGGGUUGCAGUAAUGGCUCUGGGUAGCGCGGUUGCGUGUGUGGCCCGAUGGAGGGGAACUAGUCAUCGCGGGCGCAAAACUGGGUCAGCCACAUGCGCACGCGCAGUUCUUCAUGACCGCGCAACAACUGCUAUAUACUAG